AUGAAUUCAAGAGACCCACCCAGUAAAAUUUUGUUACUUAUCAUAACUUAUCUACCUCCUUCUUUCCCUCUUACUAAUGAUUAUUUGUUUGAGACUUUCAAAUAAUAUGGAGAGAUAAAGAAAAUACUAAUAUUUGAGAGAGGAAAAACAAAUAAAGCAUUCAUUGAAUAUUAUGAGAUCAAACAUGCAAUCUAGGCUAGAAGAGAUAUGAUGGGUAAAUCAAUUACAACUUAGGGAGGAAGGUAUAUAUGAGUUUAAGAAGCAUUAAUAGGCUUCUUAUCCACUUUUCUCGUUUAAAGUAGCUGAAUCUCGAAGUGGUCGAUCAUACUCGAGGCACUCAAUAUUAAACUCAUGAAAUAGAGACACAACCUUAACCUUAAAGACAAGUUUAAAAUAUACAAAAAGCCCCAAUUUUGAUAGAAGAAGAAAGAAAACCACCUCUAAUUGAUUUAACUUAAGUAAUAAAAUUAGAAGCUGUUGAUCUAUCUCAUGCUUCUGAAGAAUCUCCUACCAAAGCAAUGUAUAAAAUUAUAAUUAAAUUAUAGUAUGGAAACAUAAUUAAAAUAAUUGGAACGAAUAUUAGAUGAAGAUUAUGCAAAUGAAGUAGCACGAUCUAACCUUAAUUAAUUUGACGAAUAAUAAUAAGUCAUUAAUGAAUUACUGGCUUAAAAACCAUCAAAAUAUUUGAAAGUAUAAAAUAUAGAUGAGAGAGUCACUUCCAAAAUGCUUUAUAAUAUAUUCAAUAGAUUUGGACAUUUGAAUGCAUUAUUAUUUAUAAAGAAGGACAAUUCUGCAAUCUUAUAAUUUACAAACAUNAUAUUGAAUUAAGAUUGUUAAUAUUAAAAAAAAGUCUUUCCUAUACAAUUCUAAAAAAUAGAAUUUGGAUAUUUUGUUUUUUUAAACUUUUUAUUUUUGUGAUUAUUAGUGAUUAUCAUUAGGAAAAUUUAUAUAAAUAAUAAUAAUUAUAAACUUGAUGAUGUAAGUAAAUUCUGUUUAAGAAAAAUGAGUUAUCCUUUAGAAUUAAAUAUGAUAAAUGAAAUUGUUAAAUUGAUUAAUUUAGU